AUGGAACAUCCAACUACCCAGACUGGUACUGAUGCUCCUACCUCAACAAUGAACGGAUCAACAAAUGUCUCAACUCUCCAAAACCGAAUGACAAAAGCAGUCGAUAUUUUCGCUUUGGGUUGUAUCAUUUUCUUUGUUCUGACAGGAAAACACCCAUUCGGAAGAAGAUCAGAACGAGAAUGGAAUAUUUUAAACAACAAACCUGUAGCAUUGAUUGAAGAAGCGAACAAUCAAUCAAGACACAACCAAAAGAAGAGGAAAAAACAUUUCUAUAGGAUUGAUGCUUCUGUUCUCAAAUUAAUUUGUGAGGAAUUGAUUGUACCUGAUCCAACAAAACGUAUUAGUGCAGCACAGCUUCUCAAGCAAUGUCUAUUUUGGGAUUAUGGCCUCAAGCUAAACUUUUUAAGUGAUGUCAGUGAUCAACUUGGAAAAGAGCCAGAAAAUAUUGUCUACAAAUUGCUUCAAGAAAACGCAGAGAAAAUAUUCAAUGGAAACCCAACUUGGGACACACAAAUUGACGAUGCUGUCUAUCAACAAAUCAAAUCAGUCAGAAAAUAUGACUACACUCGAGUUUGGGAUGUCUUGAGAUGUAUUAGAAAUUUAAAAUCACAUUAUCGUGAAUACAUGUUACAAGAGACAAAGCUUAUGAGAUGUGGAUGUGAAAAGCUUCCUGAUGCCAUUUUCGUUUAUUUUGAUUUGGAGUUUCCAAACCUCUUUCCUGUUGUCUAUGAGCUUGUCAAGGAGCAUUGGUCGGACAUACCACAAUUUAAAAAGUACUUCUAG